AUGAAAAAAAUCCUGCAAAGAAAUAUUGACGGCGUUUACAUUUAUUCAGUCAUGAUCGGUUCGAACGUCGUAACGGACACGGAGCAUGGGUUCUUCGGGAAUGUGAACGAUGAAGUUGCGGAAGUUUGCCAGAAAAUUCAGAAGGAUGACAAACUGAAAAGUGGUUAUAACGCUAUUGGAUUUUCACAGGGAGCGCAGUUUUUGUUAAAUGCAAAUUUCAGACGAGCUAUUGCACAGCGCUGUCCAAAUCCACCGAUGAAGAAUCUAAUUUCAUUGGGUGGCCAACAUCAGGGAGUAUUUGGACUGCCCGAAUGCCCUGCUGAAAGUUACAUAUGCGACCGUGUGCGACAUUUAUUGGAGUGGGGAGCAUAUGUCAGCGUAGUUCAGAAUGCGUUCGAGUGUAGACAGCAACCGCAUAUGGAGACAACAGUAUAA